UCUGGAAGGCUCAGACGCCGCGCGGGGCGGGGAUUGGUCCGCGUUUCCCGGUCCGGUUCUCCGAGUUCGCGGCGGUUCCCGGGACACCUGCUCGCUCGGCGCCUCCCGCCGCGUUCCCUCCGGCUUCGCAGCGCUCAGGGCGGAGAGGAAACCUCGGCCACCGUGUCCGCAGCUCCCGGCGGGAUCCCGCGGAGCCGUCGCCGCGCGACAUGAGCGCGGACUCGGCGGCCGGGGCACCUGUGCCCCGGCUCUGUUGCCUUGAGAAGGGCCCGAACGGCUACGGCUUCCACCUGCACGGGGAGAAGGGCAAGGUGGGCCAGUUCAUCCGGCUGGUGGAGCCGGGCUCGCCGGCGGAGAAGGCGGGGCUGCUGGCCGGGGACCGGCUGGUGGAGGUGAACGGCGAGAACGUGGAGAAGGAGACGCACCAGCAGGUGGUGAGCCGCAUCCGCGCCGCGCUCAGCGCCGUGCGCCUGCUGGUGGUCGACCCCGAGGCGGACGAGCAGCUCAGGAAGCUCGGCGUCGCGAUCGGGGAGCAGCUGCUGCGCGGCCCGGAGGGGCCGGGGGGGUCGGCCGAGCCGCCGGCCGCCGCCGAGACGCAGGAGGCCGGCGACCAGCGCGAGGCGCACGAAGCCGAGAAGAGCCACCCGGAGCGGCGUGAGCUUCGGCCUCGGCUCUGCACCAUGAAGAAAGGUGCCAACGGCUACGGCUUCAACCUGCACAGUGACAAAUCCAAGCCAGGCCAGUUCAUCCGGGCAGUGGACCCAGACUCACCAGCUGAGGCAUCUGGGCUCCGGGCCCAGGACCGCAUUGUGGAGGUGAAUGGAGUUUGCAUGGAGGGCAAACAGCACGGGGACGUGGUGUCUGCCAUCAAGGCUGGAGGCGACCAGGCCAAGCUGCUGGUGGUAGACAAGGAAACGGACGAGUUUUUCAAGAAGUGCAAAGUGAUCCCGUCUCAGGAGCAUCUGAAUGGCCCUUUGCCUGAACCCUUCACUAAUGGUGAGAUACAGAAGGCAAACAGUAGUGAAGCCCUGGCAGAGGCCGUCUCGGAGAGCCCCAGGCCAGCCCUGGCGAGAUCCACCUCCAGCGAUACCAGUGAGGAGCUCAAUUCCCAAGACAGCCCUAAGAAACAGGACGCCACAGAGCCCUCCUCUACCUCCUCCUCUGACCUCAUCCUGGACUUCAACAUCUCCCUGGCUGUGGCCAAAGAGAGGGCCCACCAGAAGCGCAGCAGCAAGCGGGCCCCACAGAUGGACUGGAGCAAGAAAAAUGAACUCUUCAGCAACCUCUGAGUGCCCAGCUGACCAGAGCUAAGCCAGCGCCCGCCCACCCUAGCUCCCUUUCCCUCCUCCCCAGUGCCCACCAAAUCAACGUUCCAAUCAAUACCAGCAUCUCCCUUCUUGAUGAAUCUGAUUGCUCUAGAAACUUUGUUCUUCCCAUAUCAUACCUUGAGGAAGGUGAAUGUUUUUCCUGUCCUGUCCCAAUCAAAAAGCAGACUCUGUCCCCAGCUUCUCCCUGAGGGCUUUAUCCUUGCCACCCCAUCUGGGACAUCUCUGGGAUCUACAGCAAGCAAGAUCUUGGUGGGGUCAGACAGGAGGCCCACGUCAUGAUUGGGUCUGGAAGCCGAUGGCAGCAGUCACCACGGACAGUGGACCAGGCCCCAGUACCCUGAGAGCUGUGGCCUGGGCUUUUUUUUUUUAAGUGUAGUAUCAUGUUGGGGGGAGGGGGUGUCACUUGAGUCUCAUUAUUUUCCUGGCUGCUUCACCUAGGGUGUGGUAGCAGCCUCAGCCUUAAAUUUGUGUUUCUACUUCCAUCUUUUAAGACGUAGGUGGCACGGGCAGGCCUGGAUGCCCCUGCCUAUCCUUGAACCAGGCACCACCACUGUAAGGAAACAUCUUCAGAAAUUCAGCUGCUCCAAACUGCA